AUGAUUACGUUCGACGACGGGCAAGUCCUGGGUGAAGUGAACGAGCCUUUGGAGGAAGCUUUGAGUCAAUUCGCUGAGCAUCGAUCAUGCCUCGACUUCGAAGUAUUCGCUCCCGUUCGAGCCAUCCGUGAGACUAUCACACGAGCCACGAAAGAGAAAGAGGCUAUUGUCCGGGUGCAGAUCAACGUUUACGGUCCGAGUGGAAUGGGUGAAUCUGUAGGCCGGGAACUUUCUCGACAGAAGAUAUAUCUUCAAAGACCUGAUUACAUGCGCCCAGGAGCGGAGCACGACAAUCCACAUGUCCUCAAGCUUGAUGACCGACCAAGUGCUGUACCAGAAGUCAGCGUCAUUGUAGAAGAGACGGCACCCGAGAAGGGCGCCGAUGACGUGCUGAAAGAUGCGAUCGCCGACGUCUACUCGUCACUCACGCGAGAGCAGCAUUUGCGAGGCCUCGAAGGUGACUCGCGACUCAGAACUACACUGUUACCACACCAGAAGACAGCCCUCGAGUUCAUGAUCGAACGAGAGAAUGGUCCGAUAUCCGAAGCCUAUCGCUUGUGGGAACCAACGAUGGUGGAUGGGCUGAGCUGCAAUCGACAUGCCACAACGGGCUUGAUCUGCAGGCUUGAACCACCCGACGAGACCGGCGGCGGAAUACUUGCCGAUGAAAUGGGAAUGGCUUCUUCCGACCUCAUGAUCAACGAAUGGUUUCAGGAGCUGGACAAGCAUUUCGAUCGGCAGACUCUUCAAGCUCUUCGCACGAUCAAAUAUCAUGGCCCUAACCGAGACAGGUCAGUCGCGACUCUUCGCGAUGCUGAUAUCAUAAUCACCACAUAUCACACACUCGCAGCCGAACUUGCCAGCUCCACGGCACUCAUCAGUGACAUUGACUGGUAUAGGCUGGUGCUAGACGAAGCGCACAUCAUUCGACGGCAGUCAACGGGGCUCAACCGAGCCGUUUCCAGCAUUCAGGCCCACUCGCGAUGGUGUCUAACCGGGACUCCUAUUCAAAAUCGUCUUGAGGAUAUCGGAUCUCUUCUGUCAUUUCUUCGUAUCGAGCCUUUUCAUGCUCUUGCGACUUUCAGGAAACACAUUGCGCUCCCUUUCGACGAGGGUGGCAAGACCAGAAACGGUGCCAUUGAACGCUUUACCCGACUUUUAGAUGCUGUGUGCCUUCGCCGUACCAAAGAUCUACUGCAUCUUCCAGACUUGGAAAAUAUCAUUCGGACUGUCAGACUCUCUCCUGGCGAGCGAAAUCAGUAUGAGCAAACUCACAAUACGAUGUGGCGGGCGAUCCGACACCAACAUGGCGUGCUCGAUUCGAAGAGCACACUAGGGAUGUUCCAAGUGCAGCUCCAGCUACGCAUCAUUUGCAACCAUGGAACUUGGCAGCAAUUAUUCUCCUGGAAUCGCCGCAAACUGCAUUUGUUGGACGAGAGAGAAGCCAUUGAAGUAUCUCUAGGCAGGGAAAGCGAGAGAACGUGCUCUGCCUGUCAUGGAAGCAUGCCAGUGUUUGGCACUGGAACCAGUUUUCACCAGUAUGAAGAGUGUCGCCACAUUUUGUGUUCGGAAUGUGUUGACGGCAGCAUGUCUCCCGGUCAAGACACGCGUCCGAGUCGGUGUCCCAUGUGCUCUGCACUUUGGUGUCCAUCUACAAAUAAGCAUAGCCAGAAGUACGGAUCUCAGGAAGAUUUAUACUUUCGACCAGAGGGGCAUUCAUCGAAACUGGACAUGCUUAUGAACGACGUUAUGUAUGACGUCUACAGCACAAAGAGGUGA